GUUAUACAACAAAGGCAAAGAGGUUCCUAUCUCUUAGCUGAACUGGAUGGGACCUCUUGUAAGCAGGCUAUUGCAGCCUUUCAUAUAGUUCCUUACAUUUCUAGGAGUACUGUACUUUUACGACCAUACCAGGUGAAAGUGCCCAAAAUGAGUUUUUCUGGCAACUCACCAAAAUUGCCAUAA